AUGAGCCAGAGAGAUUACAGUGAGGGCGCGGCGUUCCCGUUAGUUGCGGUUGCCAUUGACAAGGACAAAGGGAGCCAAAAUGCAUUGAAGUGGGCUCUAGACAACAUCAUCUCUAGAGGCCAAACCAUUACCCUCAUCCAUGUUAAUACCGGCAAGACACCUUCUUCGGGGCUUCAAGAGGAUUCUGCAAAUGGCGCGAGGGACAUAUUCAUUCCCUUCAGAAUUUUCUGCAAAAGAAAAGAUGUACACUGCAAAGACAUAAUACUGGAUGAAACUGAUGUAGCAAAGGCAGUUAUAGAAUUCAUCUCACAUGCUGCAAUCGAAAAGCUCGCCGUUGGGGCGCCAUCAAGAGGUUUUGUCAGAUUUAAAGGCACAGAUGUAUCAACCAGUAUUUCAAGAAAUGCACCCGAUUUUUGCACCGUCUAUGUAAUCUCGAAAGGUAAGGUGUCUUCCCAGCGGAAUGCAGUUCGAGCCGCACCAGCUGUGUCGCCGCUCCGUGCUCAAAUCCAAAACCAAUCAAGUAUCAAACCCGACUUAGUAAACCAACAAAGUUUAAAUGCAACGAAAGCUGAGGCAGCAUGGGAGACUCGGAAUCCGUACACUGAGAAGGAUUCGAUCAGAAGUAUACCAUUCUUAGUCAUUGUAACAUUGACAAGGCUUUCUCUGAACAUGCAGGAAGAUAUAGAAGCCGAGAUGAAGAGGCUGCGGCUAGAACUUAAGCAAACUAUGGAUAUGUACAGUACAGCCUGCAGAGAAGCACUUGUGGCUAAACAAAAGGCAAUGGAGCUCCACCGGUGGAAGCUGGAGGAAGCACACCGGCUGGGAGAAGCUCGGCUGGCGGAAGAAGCAGCUUUGGCGUUAGCUGAGAAAGAGAGGACAAAGUGCAUGGCGGCACUGGAAGCAGCCGAAGCCUCGAAGAGGAUCGCAGAGUUAGAAGCACAAAAACGAAUCAAUGCAGAGAAAAAAGCACUUCAAGAAUCCGAAGAGAAGAAGAAGGCGCUCUCUGCUUUGGCACAGACGGAUGCGAGGUACAGGAAGUACUCUAUAGUAGAGAUAGAAGCAGCAACAGAUUACUUUGCGGAUAGCCGUAAAAUCGGAGAAGGGGGAUAUGGGCCAGUGUAUAAAUGUUAUCUGGAUCACACACCAGUUGCAAUUAAGGUUCUCCGUCCAGAUGCAGCUCAAGGGAGAGAACAAUUUCAGCAAGAGGUUGAAAUAUUAAGCUGCAUCAGGCACCCAAAUAUGGUUCUCCUUCUGGGUGCAUGCCCAGAAUACGGUUGCCUUGUCUACGAAUACAUGGCUAAUGGAAGCUUAGAAGACCGUCUGUUCCGCCGCGGGAACACACCACCCAUACCUUGGCAGCACAGGUUCCGCAUAAGCGCAGAGAUCGGCACAGGCCUCCUCUUCCUGCACCAAACAAAGCCCGAACCAUUAGUCCACCGUGACCUCAAGCCCGCGAACAUCCUCCUGGACAGAAACUACGUCAGCAAGAUCAGCGACGUGGGCCUGGCACGCCUCGUCCCUCCAUCAGUUGCAAACAAUGUAACACAAUAUAGAAUGACCUCAACAGCCGGAACAUUCUGUUAUAUUGAUCCUGAAUACCAGCAAACUGGAAUGCUUGGUAUAAAGUCGGAUAUAUAUUCUCUCGGAAUUCUUUUGCUUCAGCUGAUUACAGCGAAACCACCAAUGGGGUUGACACACUAUGUGGAAAGGGCGAUCGAGAAGGGAACAUUUAGGGAAAUGUUGGAUCCAACAGUGGCAGACUGGCCGGUGGAGGAUGCCUGCCGGUUAGCGGAGGUGGCACUGAAGUGUGCUGAAUUGAGAAGGAAAGACCGGCCAGAUUUGGGGACGGUGGUUCUGCCUGAGCUUAAUAGAUUGAGAGCACUCGGAGAGGAGAAUCUGCAGUUUUGUGUCAUGGGGAGUAGCUCAACUGCAACGUCCUUUAGUGGGCAGUUUUCCAUGCCGGAUUUUAUGACUGACGCUAAUCCGACACAAUCUGGAUAUGAAAGCUCCAGAAGCCGAUCAAGUGCAUACUAUUCCUGACGGAUUGGGAGCAAAACCAAUUCAUGGCAGCUUUGUUACCACAUCGGAAAAGAGAAUUCUACCUUAAAUCUGCUUUUCACGGCCGAAUAGAUGUGCUUCUCAGCUGUUGGUUCUUUUCGUAGAGGCAAUAUUGGCUUAAGCAUGCGGAGGAGGAACAAAACUACCGAACUUCUGAAGCAAUAAAACGGCGAAGAAAGUUUAAUACGACUAUAUUUUUUAUUGAUUGGACUAAAGCUUACAUGAAAAGCAGUUGUAUAUCACAAUUACACCAAAAGCUAUAGGCAAAGAAGUUCUUUCUGUACAAACAAAUUCUAAUUUAAAUCGGUUGUAAACAAUGACAAUAUCUCUCUCUUUAAAUGAAUUAUGAGAUUGACAGGUUAUAUAAAAUAUAUGGUAAGAGAUGUAUAACUCACUAGAACACACUAAGAAGGCAAGUUGCAUCCCUACAAAUACAAAUAACUUGGCACAAUACUACAAGAGUUUGUACUAAAUUGCAUUUACAAGCAAUCCUCUCAUAAUUCUAUGGCAUAUUUCAUCAAACACCUUGUGUGCAAGAAUAGCUAAAGAAACAACAACACACUGGAUAAGACGACCUCAGCAGGGUACUAUUGGAUGCUUUUAAACUCAAAUAAUCAAUAAAUAUAUUAGUAUUUUGACAAUCAAAUAUGCUAUUUCAUAGUUGAAAGUAAACUGCAUCAUUUACUGCCACUUUACUUCCGAUAAUAGGGCAUCGAAAUUGGCGAUCGGUAUCGUUAAAUACG